ACUUGUAUUAACAUAACCAGCUCAGAACUCUCUUGGAGGAACAAUGGAGGUGGAAAGGGUGCAAUCUUUGGCAUACGGAGGGGUAUUGAAAGAGCUACCGGUGCAGUUUGUUCGUCCGGCGAACGAGAGGCCGGAGAACAGCAAAGCCCUUGAAGGAGUCAAGGUACCUGUUAUCUCUAUGUCACAACCUGAUGAUGUUCUUGUGAAAGAGAUGUCAAAGGCAUGUUCAGAGUGGGGUUUCUUUCUUCUCACUGACCAUGGCUUUCCAUCUUCACUCAUUCAUCAGCUACAAGUGGUUGGAGAAGAGUUCUUCAAUUUGCCACAGGAAGAGAGAGAGAAAUAUGCCAAUGAUCCUUCUGCUGGGAAGUUUGAUGGGUAUGGAACAAAGAUGACUAAGAACCAUGAUGAGAAGGUGGAGUGGCUUGAUUAUUUCUUCCAUCAUAUAUGGCCUACUUCUAAGGUCAACUAUGCAAUAUGGCCCCAAAACCCUCCUGCUUAUAGGGAAGUGAAUGAGGAAUACGCAAAGGAAGUGCUGAGAGUUACUGAUAAGGUCUUGGAGUUGCUAUCUGAGGGGCUUGGUUUGGAAGGGAAGACUAUGAAAUCUAUUUUGGGGGGUGAUGAGAUGGAGCUAGAAAUGAAGAUAAACAUGUAUCCACCAUGCCCACAACCUGAAUUGGCAUUGGGAGUGGAACCACACACAGACAUGUCUGCAAUCACCAUACUUGUCCCCAACGAUGUCCCUGGCCUGCAAGUAUGGAAAGAUGACCACUGGGUAGCCGUUGAUUAUGUGCCAAACUCUCUCCUUUUCCACAUUGGAGACCAGAUAGAGGUAAUAAGCAAUGGGAAGUACAAGAGUGUUCUUCAUAGGAGUGUGGUGAACAAGGAGCGAAAGAGAAUGUCCUGGGCUGUAUUUUGCUGCCCUCCAACAGAAUCUGUAAUUGGACCCAAUCUAUUACUGGUGAAUGAUGAGAACCCUGCUAAGUUUUCAACUAAGACAUACGGGGAGUAUCGAUACCGUAAAUUCAAUAAGCUGCCGCAGUGAAUGAAUUUAGCAUCGAGAUUAGACUUUCAUAGUUUCUGGUAUUGAAAUUGGAGUGAAAAUGAGUCAAACUGUCUUACACGUCAUUGAUCGGGGUCCUUUGACAAAGGGUUGUCACUAUUUGAAUAAGAUCUUUAUGAGCUUCAAUGUUA